AUGGUUUACCCAUCUCAACAAUACCCUUCCCUUACGUCUAGAUAUAAGCAAACCCGCUCGGACUCGUUGCCAGAUUUAGAGGACUACAGGGAAAUGAAUAAUCAAUCCACGCGAAAAGCUGAAGUCCAAGUAAAGCCAGAGGUUUUCGGCAAGUCGCUGCCAUCCCAAGGUAAUCCCAAAGUCCAUCAGAGAUCAAUCGCGAUCAGUUCCUCCUUUCCUAGAUCCAAGUCGUUGCUCCAAGCUAAAUCCAGAGGGUUUGACCAAGUCAUCCAAGAGUAUCCAAAGUCCUCAAUUGCGCCGGGUCCUCUUCAUCGGUAUCCCUUUUUUAUUCUAGCCGCAUCCAGUAUUCAAGCCUCCCAGUAUUCAGAACUCAUUGGCGAUUAG